AUGUCUCUCGUGUAUAACAAGACUCCAUUACUGCGUCGAGUUUUUCCAACAGGUCUCAAAGUACCGUCAGCUCCUCAAUUGUAUGUCAAGUAUGAAUCUCUACAACCUAGUGGGAGCUUCAAGAGUAGAGGUAUUGGUCAUUUGAUUAUGAAAAAUGCCCUCAGAGUUCAACAAUUAGGUGGAAAAUCACUUCACGUAUUUUCUAGUUCUGGUGGGAAUGCUGGUUUAGCUGCAGCAACAGCAAGCCAAUCCUUAAAACUACCAUGUACCGUUGUUGUUCCAACAUCAACAAAAUCUAGAAUGGUAGAAAAAAUUAGAAACGUUGGUACAGAAGUCAUUGUUAAGGGAUCUCAUUGGAAAGAAGCCGAUUCUUUCCUUAAAAACUCUGUAAUACCUUCUGUUGAUCGGAUCGAAGAACCCAUCUACGUACAUCCUUUUGACCAUCCUGAUGUAUGGGAAGGCCAUUCUACUAUGGUCGAUGAAAUUGUGGACACUUUUCGAUCCCAAAAUGUUUCUUUAAAUAAAGUGAAGGCCAUUGUAUGCAGUGUUGGUGGAGGUGGUCUUUACAAUGGAAUAAUCCAUGGUUUAGAGAAAUAUCAUUUGGCAGAUAAAAUACCCGUUAUAGCAAUGGAAACUGAUGGAUGUAACUCAUUUAAUGCGUGCCUGAAAGCUAAAAAGCAAGUAGAACUUCCAAAAAUCACUAGUGUGGCAACAUCUCUAGGGGCAACAGGAGUUGCAACUAAGGCUUUUGAGAACGGACAAAGGUAUCAAUCUCCUUCAGUUGUGUUGCAAGACAUCGAUGUAGUCAAUACAUGCCUAAAAUAUGCUAAUGAUUUCAAUAUUAUUACAGAACCUGCUUGUGGUGCAUCUCUCCAUAUGGCAUAUAAUACAAAACUCAUAGAGAAAGCUUUGGGAAAGAAAUUGGAUUCGGAUGAUAUUAUCGUUAUUAUAGCGUGUGGUGGUUCCGCAAACACAAUGGAAGACUUGCAAAAUUCAUAUAAACAGUUAUCUGCAGAAGCAAACACAAAAAAAAACACUUUAUGA